AUGGUAGAUGUUACAUUCAGUGACUAUAAAGUUUGGUUCAAAACACACCUUAAACUCAUAGGCGGACUUGCUGCUUAUGUUAUCGUCCUUUAUAUUCUUUUACUCCUCAACCUCCUUCCAGUUUAUGCAGAAAAGCCUUCAGAUGCUAAGUCUGUUUACUUCUUCCCGAUUGUUUUCAUCAUCGGCCUUUUAGUUUACGCAUACUUCGAUAUCGCGCAAAAUGAAAUUGAAGAGGAACGUGAAAAGCCAAAAGCUGAGUAA